GUCCUUCCCAGCUGUCGGUCACUCACUUCAAGUUGUCUGCAAUGGCUGCCCUGCAGAAAUCUGCGAGCUCUUCCCUGAUGGGGACUGUGGCUGCCAGCUGUGUCCUUCUUAUUGCCCUGGCACUGCAGGGAGGAGCAGGCGUGCCUGUGGGCGCCCACUGCAGGCUCCACAACUUCCAGGAGCCCUACAUCACCAACUAUACCUUCAUGCUCGCCAAGGAGGCCAGCCUUGAGGAUAACAACACAGAUGUCCGUCUCAUUGGGGACAAACUGUUCCAAGGAGUCAAUAUUAGAGAUCGCUGCUAUCUGAUGAAACAGGUGCUGAACUUCACUCUUGAAGAAGUGCUGCUCCCCCAAUCAGAUCGAUUUCAGCCCUACAUGGAGCAGGUGGUGCCCUUCCUGGCUGACCUCAGCAGAAAGCUCAGCCUAUGUCAUAUCAGCGGUGACAACCAGCAUAUCCAGAGGAAUGUGCAACAGCUGAAGGACACAGUGAAAAAGCUUGGAGAGAGUGGAGAGAUCAAAGCAAUUGGCGAGGUGGAUUUGCUGUUUAUGGCCCUGAAAAAUUCCUGUGUCCCAAAGAGUAAAGCUGGAAAAUGAAGGAACCCUUCUCAUCUGUUAAAAAUAAGAAUGUCAAAAGGAUUUUUUUACUAAAUGAAAAUGGGAAGGCAAGCUCAAUUUUUGGAUGAAUUUCACACAAAGAAAAAGAAUCCAAAUUUGCUUUUUCCAUAAUACCAGAAGGUAAACCUUGUAAACAUAGAGGUUCACUGAUAAUAUUUAAUGGUUAACUGGUGUUUUAUACAAAAAAAAAUUUUAAAGUAAUUAUCUCUUUCCACAAAACAUUAUUUGUCAUUCCUUUAGAAAAAAAUCUUAACUUCAUUUCCAUAAUCAAUAUUUUAUGUUUACAACUUUAUUUAUUAUUAUAAGUAUGCAUUUUAUUUAUUCCAUUUUAUUAAUAUGGGUUUAUUUAUAGAGCUAUUAUUCAUAUUGCUAUGUGAGUAUAUGCCAAUAUUAAUAUUUAUGAUAAUAAUUAUGGAAAUAUAAUGUUCAUUUGAGGUCAAUAAAC